ACCACACAACAACUGAAAAUUCACAAACACCUUUCUAUCUUCUUUUAGGUUUGGCAAUGGAUCUAGCCAAACACACCCGACUUCAAAUGUUGGGGUGCAUACUCCUGGCAUCACUUGCGUUAACAAUGGCUGAUACACCACCGGGAAUUGCCAAGAACCCAAGCCACGCAACAUGUAAGAUCAAGAAGUACAAACAUUGCUACAACUUGGAACAUGUUUGUCCCAAGUUCUGCCCUGAUACUUGCCAUGUUGAAUGUGCUUCUUGCAAACCCAUAUGUGGCCCUCCUUCCCCUGGCGAUGAUGGUGGCGAUGACGGUGGUGAUGACGGUGGAUACACUCCUCCAGCUCCUGUUCCACCCGUUUCACCACCUCCUCCUACACCUUCCGUGCCAAUCCCUACUCCGCCAGCUUCACCACCACCUCCUACACCUUCCGUGCCAAGCCCUACUCCGCCAGCUUCGCCACCGCCUCCAACUCCUACACCAUCCGUGCCAAGUCCCACUCCACCAGUUUCACCACCGCCUCCAACUCCUACACCGUCUGUGCCAAGUCCCACUCCACCAGUUUCACCACCACCUCCUACACCUUCCGUGCCAAGCCCUACUCCGCCAGCUUCGCCACCGCCUCCAACUCCUACACCAUCCGUGCCAAGUCCCACUCCACCAGUUUCACCACCGCCUCCAACUCCUACACCGUCUGUGCCAAGUCCCACUCCACCAGUUUCGCCACCACCCCCCACUCCAACACCUUCCGUGCCAAGUCCUCCCGGUACGCCCACGACACCAGUCCCUCCAUAUUCUCCUCCUGUAACCCCUACACCCUCCGUUCCAAGUCCCACUCCUACUCCACCUUCCGUCCCAACUCCUCCAGGCUCUACUCCCGCGACUCCUACACCUUCCGUGCCAACUCCUCCUGGCUCAACUCCCGCUACUCCCACACCUUCCGUCCCAACUCCUCCUGGUUCUCCCCCUUACGUUCCCCCGCCAUCAGACGACCAAGCAGGAGCCGGAGUCAGAAGGGCCAGAUGUAGGAAGCACGGAUCUCCAUGUUAUGGAGUUGAGUACACUUGCCCUGCCGCUUGUCCCCAUUCUUGUCAAGUCGAUUGCGUCACUUGCAAGCCUCUAUGCAAUUGCGACAAGCCAGGAUCCGUUUGCCAAGACCCACGUUUCAUCGGUGGAGAUGGUCUCACCUUUUACUUCCACGGCAAGAAAGACUCCAACUUCUGCCUUAUCUCUGAUCCUAACCUUCACAUCAACGCACAUUUCAUCGGUAAACGUAGACCUGGUAUGGCACGUGACUUCACAUGGGUCCAAUCCAUUGCCAUGCUCUUCGGCACUCACCGUUUAUACGUCGGAGCCCUCAAGACUGCCACGUGGGACGAUUCCGUUGACAGGAUCGCCGUCUCUUUCGACGGAAAUGUUAUCUCACUCCCUCAGCUAGACGGUGCCACGUGGACUUCUACCCCUGGAGUGUACCCUCAGGUCUCUGUCAAGCGAGUCAACGCUGACACUAACAACCUCGAGGUUGAAGUAGAAGGUUUGCUUAAGAUCACAGCAAGGGUGGUGCCAAUAACAAUGGAAGAUUCAAGAAUCCAUGGCUACGACGUGAAGGAAGACGACUGUCUAGCUCAUCUUGACCUCGGCUUCAAGUUCCAAGACCUUAGCGACAAUGUCGAUGGUGUUUUGGGACAGACUUAUAGGUCUAACUACGUUAGCCGAGUUAAGAUCGGAGUCCACAUGCCUGUGAUGGGUGGUGACAGAGAAUUCCAGACCAGCGGACUUUUUGCACCUGACUGUUCAGCCGCAAGGUUCACCGGUAACGAAGCAAGCAACGGUGGACAGAGCAAAUUAUUGGAGCUCCCUGAGAUGAGUUGUGCCAGUGGCGUAGGUGGCAAGGGAGUGGUCUGCAAGAGAUAGGACACUCCUCCUACUCCUUUUACUACUAUAUACCAUUAUACAAAUUGGUAACUAUAAUAUUAUAACUUAAUAAAAUGUGUAACAUGGUUUUUUUUCCUAUAACAAUAUUAUUAUCGAGAAAAAGGAAACAUGUAAUAAUACAUGUAAUUUUAUU